AUGUACAAAAAGAGGCAAACAGACAUUACGGUAGAAAUUAACCGGGUAAAAGAGGGUGAAGGCUACUCCAGAGAGAAGGAAGAGGAAGACCAAAUCCAUGAAGGUGUGAAUGAGAACACGGCUUAUGGUGUACUCACUAAGUUUCCAAAUGCAAUAGCUCAUAAAUUACUGGUGAUGCUGAUAUUUAUCUUAGUUUUCUGGGCCAUUUAAUUGUCUUUAAAAGAAAUAAAGGUAGGUGACAAAGAAGCCUUCAAAUAUUUCGACCACCGUGGAACUGGGGUCUUCAGCCACAUGCUUCUGGAUGCUGAAAGGCAUUUGAUUCAGUGGGAACAGCAUGGUCAUCCAUUUAUUAACAGGAAUCUGUUCCCUGUGAAAGAUGAAAACUAUAUCCCACGAGAAAUUGACCAGGGAGCAGGAGACAGAGAACAGCACCUCAGACCCUUUCCCAUCAACAUUUUCAUCAGCAGGGCCGUCCAUGUGCAAAAGGACACGGAAUGUUUGCUCUUGCGAAGCCCGGAGACCAAGGUGAUCCCUAAGCUAAACACCAGGGAGCUGUGCCUGCAUGCGGAGAUGUUCGGUGAAGUUCACGGCUGUAGUCAGAAUCUUAUCAUGAGGGACAUUUAUGUGGAUCUCAAUAUGGGUAUUAUUAAUGCCUAGGACAUGACUAUUGCAUAUGGCACUAACCAUGCCCGUUCACUUGGUUAUGUGAUUGAAAAUCAGAUGAACAUGUUUUUAAAUUAUAUUUGUUAG